AUGUCGCCAACAAAAGGAAGGCCAGCUUUAAACAGCAAGAAUGUGAAUAUCAGCCGUAGUAUUAGUAAUACUUCUACUACUCUCACAAUUGUCAAAAGCAACAUUUCUAACAGGAGCUCCAAGACAAACAAAAGCAAGGGCAGCUAUACUACUAAAGCCGGCAGCAGAAUUCCCAAAUCCAAUACAAUAGCUGAUUUCAAGAAUUCUAUUCCAAGAUCACCUACUAGAUCAUUAUCAUAUUCGCCAAAGAAAUUGCCUGAUAUUUUUCUUUCUGGCUCCCUUAAAGGAGAAGAGAACUCAACUCAUGGCUUUAAUUUUUAUAUAGAAUCUCCUCAAGACAGGUUGGUGACCCUUGAAGAGCAGUACAAUCUAAUAAAAACCACUAGACAACUUGAUCUCAAUAGGGCCGAAGAUAGUGAUAAUUUGAGUGAAUGCAAUAAAGAGAACAUUUCACCAUUCCAAUUGAAUUUCUCAAAAAAUAGGAAAGCUUCUAAAGAUACAAACAAGCCAAAAUAUUACGGUCCACGAUCUCCUCUCGAGGACCUCCCAACUCUUCAAUAUAAAGGCUACAUCGAAUAUCUAAGCACUCAAACAGCCGUAGAAUUAACUACUCAUAUGGAAUGCGAGGUUAGAUUUCUAAAUAGCGCCUCUUAUGCAAGCCCUCUAAGAGGUAAUAACGGAAAUGAUACUGAAAUUUUGGAAACUCUGUACAACACAAGGCACGAAUAUUCAAAUUUUGAUGACACAACAAUAGAGGGUAGUAGUCCAGAGAUGACGACAACACCAAGUGAAAAUAAAUAUGCAGACGAUGAAAUGAGUGAGAUUGACCAAAAAAUAGUGGAACUAAACGAUGAAGAUAUUCACGGAUUUCAGAACUAUCACACUUAA